ACAGUCUUUGAACCACAGAACGGACCUGACUGUUCCUCCCGGAGUUCAGGAUGCGUGAAAUUGUCCAUCUGCAGAUCGGUCAGUGUGGAAAUCAAAUUGGAGCGAAGUUCUGGGAAGUGAUUAGUGAUGAACAUGGUAUUAACAAUGGAGGGAACUACAGGGGAGAGUCUGACCUGCAGCUAGAGAGGAUCAAUGUCUACUUCAACGAGGCUCAUUCCCAAAAGUAUGUACCUAGAGCAGUGCUCGUGGAUCUGGAACCUGGCACUAUGGACAGUUUGCGCUCCAGCUCUAUUGGACCUUUAUUCCGUCCAGACAGCUUCAUCCAUGGUAACUCCGGAGCUGGCAACAACUGGGCAAAAGGCCACUACACAGAGGGAGCAGAGCUAAUUGAAUCUGUGAUGGAUGUAGUGAGAAGCGAGAGUGAAAACUGUGAUUGUCUUCAAGGAUUUCAGCUGGUGCAUUCUCUAGGAGGCGGAACCGGCUCUGGAAUGGGCACUCUCCUUAUUAACAAGAUUCGUGAAGAGUACCCAGAUAGGAUCAUGAACACCUUUAGUAUUAUGCCCUCACCAAAGGUGUCAGACACGGUGGUGGAACCUUACAAUGCCAUCUUGUCCAUCCACCAACUGAUUGAAAACACAGAUGAGACUUUCUGCAUUGACAAUGAGGCCUUGUACGAUAUCUGCUUCCGUACCCUGAAGAUGUCCGAACCAACAUAUGGUGACCUUAACCAUCUGGUGUCCAUGACAAUGAGUGGGGUGACUACUUCUUUGCGUUUCCCUGGUCAACUCAAUGCUGAUCUCAGGAAGUUGGCAGUCAACAUGGUGCCUUUUCCUCGUCUUCACUUCUUCAUGACCGGGUUUGCUCCUCUAACAUCUAGAAGAAGCCAACAAUAUAAAGCUCUAACAGUGCCUGAGUUAACCCAACAGAUGUUUGACUCCAGAUCCAUGAUGACUGCCUGUGAUCCACAUCAUGGACGCUACUUAACAGUGGCUGGAAUCUUUCGUGGUCGAAUGUCCACUAAAGAAGUGGAUGAGCAGAUGCUAGCUGUGCAGUCCAAAUACAGUGCAUACUUUGUGGAGUGGAUUCCCAACAAUGUCAAAGUUGUUGUUUGUGACAUCCCACCCCGUGGUCUCAAGUUGGCUUCUACCUUCAUAGGCAACAACACAGCCAUCCAAGAAAUUUUCAAGCGAAUUGCUGAGCAGUUUUCGGCCAUGUACCGAAGGAAAGCUUUCCUCCACUGGUAUACGGGCGAGGGCAUGGAUGAGAUGGAAUUUACUGAAGCGGAGUGUAACACUCAUGAUUUGAUUGCAGAAUACCAACAGUACCAGGAUGCCACAGCAGACAUAGAGGACUAUUUUGAAGAGGUUGAAGAAACAGAAGUAGUUAAAGUAACAGAGACUGUACAAAAUGUUCACAUAUAGACCACCUUUAAGAUCAACUAAGAGUUUCCAGUAACACGUGUGGCAAUAAGGUUACUUUCACACCAGCGUUUUUGCUGGAUCCGUCAUGGAUCAGCAAAAGCGCUUCCGUUCUGAUAAUACAACCGUCUGCAUCCUUUAUAAAUAAAUCCAGUUGUAUUAUCUGUAACAUAGCCAAGACGGAUCCGUCAUGAACUCCACUGAAAGUCAAUGGGGGACAGGUCCAUUUUCUAUUGUGUCAGAGAAAACGGAUCUGUCCCCAUUGACUUACAUUGUGUAGCAGUAAAUAAAGUAAAGUCCAGCUCACUCAAUCAGCCUGGAUCGCCCGUGUGCAUGGAACAGGCAGGUGAGCCUCGUAGCACAAUUCAACAAGAAAAAGUUCCAGCACUGACGUUUUCUUUGGUAGCUAAAAUCCUCGUCUUUAUUCAGGCAGUAGAAGCAAUAUACAGGACAUGCACCCACUAGUGUAGCAACAUUGACGCGUUUCGAACAAAGUUCUUAUUCUUAACUUACAUUGUGUAUCAGGACGGAUCCGUCUUGCCUUGCACCACAUCGCAGACAG